CGUAUCAGGCAUAUUAGAAAAUAAUAAAUUGGCAUUUAAUUAUUAUUCUUGCGAAAUAUAGAUAGUUGUUCAGUGAGCGUGUUAAAAACUCAUUAAGGCAUUAAUAGAUAACAUUGUAUUCAUUGUAAAAAAAUAGUUUGCAUAAAAUUAUGUCGACAGUUGAAGGAAUAUCGGAAACUUCGCAGCUCGUACCUCCCGCUGGAAACCCCAAAAUUGAAAAAAUGAAUUUAAUCAAUAAUGUAUGUGCAUUACUCUACAUUGGAAUUAUAUCCUAUUGCUGCUUUGCUAAUGGGGUAUCAUUAUUUUCCUUCCAUCCACUUUUCAUGUCCAUAGGGUUUAUCAUAUUCAUGACUACAGCGAUCAAUGCUGUCACACCAGGGGACUUCGCUACGGAAUGGAUGCCAAUAAGACUUCGAAGUGCCAGGCAUUGGGUUCUUCAAUUGAUUGCUAUAACAUUUACCUUAGCAGGUUUUAUUAUUAUUGUUGCAAAUAAAAUAAUUAAUGAUAAGCUUCAUUUUGUGUCACUACAUGGAAAAUUUGGUUUAGCUUCAGUUAUCUUUACUUGCAUAACUUCAGUUGGGGGGAUUGGUGCAUUAUUUAGUCUUAAAUUGAAAAAUAUUCUUGCUCCUACAUAUACUAAGCUUAUACAUGCCUUUAUUGGUCUAACAACAUUAUGUUUAGGUAUAUUUACCAUUAUACUAGGUCAGUUUUCACCCUGGUGGUCAUUUGGAGAAGGAUCACGUUAUUCUGGCUUAUUUUUGGUGUUGAUUAUAAUGGUAUUAACUAACUUGCGGCCAAGCCUUAAGGUAUAUUUUCGUCUUAAAGAUAGAUUGGGAUAUAAUAAUAAUUAAACUUGGAAAACAACACUUGAUUUUAGAAUGUUUAUAAUGUAUUCCUUAACUGUUUUAAUGUUCCGUAAUUGGCAAGUGCUCCAGGGCACUAGAUUUUACAGAUACACCAUGUAACUUUAAUUCUGUUUAUAAGAUGGUUUAUUUUGCAUGUGGUCUUACAGCUUGCUUCAAUAGCUUUCAGUUACAUUUACUCAAACCAUCCUAAUUAUAAGCAAUUUAUAAGUACACAUAAAAUAAAGUGCAUUGACAGAACACUGCCAAAAUCACUUGCCAAUUUCGGAAGGUUAAUAUUAUGAUACUGUUUGUAUAUUUUGUGUUCUAUGUAGUUAAUACUAGUUAUUGUGAUUCCUGUGGUGUAAUUUUUCCUAGCUAUUAUUGGCUUAGAGAAUGCGAUGUUAGAGUUAUAUUACAUAAAUUAAUAGUGUCCGACCGGAACAAGACAUUCUACCAAAUCUGCAAUUUAAUCUUCAGUAUCUGCUUUAGUUUCAGCCAUAAGCAAAAGUUAAUAUGUAUAAUUAAAACUCUAUAGUUAAAGUAUGUGAUUAAACAAUUAAAAGUUUAUAUAAAUGAACAAACAUGAAACUUAACAAUAUUUGGUGCAAAAAUUUAAAUUUUGACUAAACUGCAUCUGGUGCUGAAGCUUAUAAUACAGAAACUUACCAAAACCAAAUCUUCGGUCUGACAUAUUUAAAUAAGUUGAAUUAAUUUAUGCUUUACUUAUUACACAGGUCUAAGUGUUUCCGACAUUAAUUUUAACAUGUACAACAUUAUGAUUUAUAUUAAAAUGUAUGUGUAGUCAAAUAUUAUGGGAUAUGUUGAUUUUUAAAUGUUUAUUUUACACUAAUUAUAAGUAUACAUAUUAUAAGCAACUGUUAUACAUCAUCUACUGUUUUUUUUGCUAAGUUUUGAUUUUUUCUGUUGUAAACAGUUUUUGUUAAUUGAAAUACACAUUUUUAUAUUCUCUAAGUAUUUAUUUAUGAAAACUUGCUGUGAAAAUAUGUAAUAAUGAUCUAACACGAAUUCUAUUUUUAUUAUAAUUAUUUCUAUAUUAAUAAAACAUAUCUGAGUGCAUUUAAUUUUAGAGAAGUUAUAGAUUUUUAUAAACUAAUGUAUAAUUACUAUAAUUUUGAUAAACUUUUUAAAAUAUCAAUAUUU